AUGGUUUCGGUUAAAGAGCUGCGUGUGUGUUUCCACGAUCUGAAUAUAACAACACGAACCACCAUCGGCCAAAUUUUGCGCGUGCCGACCGGCGAGAUAGCAUUUGCGUAUCCUAAAGAUGCCAGGCUGUCUCAGACUGACACGAAUCCUUACCCAGAAGGCUGGCGACCUCAUAUCAUAACAUGGCAACGCUACGCUGCUACCGAGAGGGUGGUGCAGGACCUUUACGGUCUGACCUUGAUACACCGCGUCAACGUCGUGCUCGACGCCGCCGUCCCAGGUCGGUUGUCCAUCAUUGGAACCCGCAAGCUAUUCUCUAGUUGGGGCACGGACACAAGCAGACUCGAAGGAGAAAAGGAGACCAAGAUCGCUCCCGACUGGAUCGUUGUGGACGGGGACGCGAAACCACGCCCCUUCUCGCUCAUCUAG